AUGCAGUCUUCAACCCUUGUUCUUCUGGCGGCAGCUGGCAUCGUGAGCGCAGCGGCACCACCUGGCUAUGGUGGUAGCAGCUGCCGCACUGCGUCCUCCUGCGACCCGACCUCGACGACAUACUCGUCCGUCUACACCACUCCGAUCACCAAGACGGUGACUCGCACCUACUACAAGACGGUCGUGUCUACGACUGUGGUUCCAUCCACGUACGAGACCUUCGAAACCAUCCCCAUUACCGGAUCGACGACCACCGAAGUUAUCGAAACAAAGACGAUCCCGUACACGAUCCAGUCUUCCACGGUGGUAUGCUCGACUGUGCCGUGGGUUAUCAUGACCUCCUCAACGAGCGUGUGCACAGAGACUUCGACCAUCCCGUACACGACCUCAAGCAUCAGCACCUGCACGGAGACGACUUCGAUUCCCAGCAGCUACACUACAAAGACUCCCUGCACCGAGUCGAAGACAGUGACCCGGAAGACCACCGGAACGAGCUACAGCACGAGCACGGGCAUUUCAUGCAAGACUACCAGUUCAUGCUGGCCUACGUCCGCUCAAAGGCCUCCUGGCAUUCUGGACUGA